GCGACACCGACCGAGGGUGAUGGCAAGUCCAGCCAAGCUCUGAGCAUCCCCCCUCUGCAAGGUAACACCCUUCCAGCCACAUCACCCCGCCGUCCUGCCCAGGCCACCACCAGCAACACCACCAGCACCACCACCGUCACCACUACCACCAGCACCGGCACCCUAGCCGCCUCGUCUUCUCCACGUCUCCGUCUCCCAGAACCAGGCGAGCGCGAAAGCUAGCGAUGGCGGAGAACUUGAAGAGGCUGGCCUCCACCGACUCCUUACGAGUGCUGCAGGAUAAACUCAACUCGUGGUUCAGACAGUACCAAACAAACUCUUGUGAUGAAAAUCUAACUUGUUGUCUAGAGCUCAUUGAACAAGUAGCCAAAGUACAGGGACAACUCUUUGGGAUUCUCACAGUCACAGCUCAAGAAGGAGGACUUAACGAGGGCGUGGAAACCAUCAAGUCUCGCCUUUUGCCUUGGCUGGAAGCAUCUUUUACCGCUGCUUCCCUGGGGAAACCUAUCGACAGCAAGGUCCCCUCUCUACAGAACACGUUUGAGAGGGAGAAAUACAAGGAGUCUGGUCCUCGGGAUUGGGACCAACAGCAACAAUACGACAAUGACUUGAAGGAAAACUAUUCCUCACGCAGCCAGGGUCAAGACGAUCUGGCUGAAAGCGGACAGACUCUUGAAGGCACCAAGAACAGAUCAACGAUAUCCCUCUUGGCUGCAGAGGAGGAAAUAAAUCAGCUGAAAAAGCAGCUUAAGUGCCUUCAAGCUCAGGAGGACGCCCGCCACCGGGGCUAUGAGUCUAGGCGCGCGGAGCGCUCCGAUCGUCCUAAAUCAGACCAGCGGACAGCCAAGAGGACCUCGGAGCAGAAGAACGCGGAGGUGAAGUCGGACUAUGAGAAGCAGCUCCGGAACCUGAAAGACGAGAUAGCGGUCCUGACUUUGGGGAAAGGAAGGUCAGGGGCCAGGAGCCGGACUCCGAGCCCUUGCCUCCGGAGGAGCCGCAGCCGCAGCCGCAGCCACAGCCGCAAUCACAGCCGCAAUCACAGCCGCAGCGGCAGCCGCAGCGGCAGCCGUAACCGCAGCGGCAGCCGCAGCAGGUCAGUCAGUCCUUCCACGGCCGUGGCCAAGGUCAGGAGUCCAUCCCCCAACCGCAGCAAGCUGUCCAGCGGGGCCCGCAAGGCCGCCCUCCUGACCCGGUUCAGCGAUGCCUAUUCCCAGGCCCGCCUGGAUGCGCAGUGCCUGCUUCGGCCGUGCAUCGACAAAGCGGAAACCGUGCAGAGGAUCAUCUACAUCGCCACAGUGGAGGCAUUCCAUGUGGCCAAAAUGGCAUUCAGGCAUUUCAAGAUCAGGGUGCGGAAGAUGCUGACAUCAUCUUUGGUGGGGUCGAAUGACUUUGAGUGUGCCGUCUCCGAUUAUAUCGUUUGCCAUCUUGAUCUAUAUGACUCCCAGAGCAGUGUUAAUGAUGUGAUCCGCGCCAUGAAUGUCAACCCCAAGAUCUCGUUCCCACCUGAAGUUGACUUUUGCCUCCUCAGUGACUUUAUCCAGGAGAUCUGCUGCAUUGCCUUUGCCAUGCAGUCCUUGGAGCCUCCCCUUGACAUUGCCUUCGGGGCAGAUGGAGAGGUCUUUAAUGAAUGCAAGUACCGCCGCAGCUACGACUCGGAUUUCACUGCUCCCUUGGUCUUAUAUCAUGUGUGGCCUGCUCUCAUGGAGAAUGACUGUGUCAUUAUGAAGGGAGAAGCUGUCACCAAGAGAGGGGCUUUUUGGAAUUCGGUGAGACCUGUAGCCCGCUGUCGCAGCCGGAGUUUAAGUCCAAUUUGCCCCCGUGGCCGCAUUGGGUUAAGCACGAUAUCUCGAAGUCGAAGUCCUUCCCCAAUAAGAUGUGUAUUGCCAAGGUUUUAAAACCACCAAUCAUGUUCGUUUGCCACGGUCCAUUGAAACAGCCAUCUUCUCCAGUGCCUCCGUCCGCCUACCUUCCAUCUCGCUUAACAUGCUGUGAAAAGACAGUUCUGUGUAUCCCCCGCACACAGAGUUAAAUGUUUUGGCUUAGUGCAUUUGUAACUCUAGGUACACUGCAGUUUACUUUAUUUUAUAGGCUCAAAUUCCCUUAAUUUCAUAAAAAAAAAACCAUUGCAUAGGUAUUUAGGAUCAUAUUCAUUUGCACAAAGGUCCAGGACUUCAACUCUGUUGCCCUAGUCCUCUUGACAACGACUCUAGGUGCUGAGUCCCCCCCAAAAUGAGUCAUUUUAGUUUACAGAUUGACCAUGAAUGCCUUAAUCACUAGUGAUAGCAUUUAGUUGUCUGAAAUCAAAACUGGGCGUUUUAAAGGACUGACUUCAGGCCAAGAGCAGAAGAUAAUUUAAGAGAAUAGAAUUAGUUGGCUUGCUUGUCUGUUUCUACUUCCUGGGUGCCCGCUUUGGGUUAGUGGAGUUCUGAACAUCAAAACGACUGGGUGGGGAGGGUUUUCUGUAGGGCAGUGACCUGAUCAGCUCUGGGGUCACUGUUAGUUACCUCAUGUUUAACUCAUAACUAGAAAGAUUUUGAACUGUUUUAUUGUGUGUUAAACACAAAACUUACCUGAGAGCCGCCCUUCACCUACUCAUCCAAUAAUGUAAAUGCAGAACUCCCGUGAACUCUGUCAGACUCAAGUUCUGCCUGAAAUUAGGGGCACCAUUUGAAACUGUGCUAAUGUCCCUUGACUGUUUCACUGUAAUGUACUUGUCGAGAGGAGAGUUCAUAGUCAUGCUGAGAAUGGACUAUGGAUUUUUCGAGAUGAAUAACGUCCCUUCUUGUUUUACUUGCUUUUUGUUUUUCCACUCUCAAGCCAGCCUUACACAUGGCCCGCACCGUUGACUGUCCAUGUUUCCAAGUUUCUUUUAGAGAAGCACUUUUGAAUUGGUCGCAGCUCCAUUUAUUUCAGCUCAGAGUACUGGUCACCAUCUGAUGCUUUCCAGGUGGAUAAGACAAAAACUGACUUCUCUAUGCAUCAAGCCCCUUUGUGCUUGGGGAAAGAGAUGAAAAGGACUCUCUCUCUCUGUCCCCACUCUGGGUGUCCCAUAAUCCUCAGCUCAUCGUGAGAUGUGAAUUUCUCCAUCGUUGUGUAUCGUGUGGUCAGUACCUCUUUGAGGUCAGGCCAUGCUUUGUAAGGAACACUACAUGUCCCGGUACCUUUGGGCCACCCCUGGUCAUUAGCUGGCUUUGUGACCUUGAGCAAGUUACUUUCCAUCUCCGAAUCACAGUUUCCCUGUAGAGCGAGCAAGUUGGAUGAAAUGAAUAGUUUUCUUAACCCUGCCACACUCAUUGCCUCUUAGAUACCAAAGAUUUUAUUCUGGAUAUUCUGAAAUAAAAUUUA